AUGACUUCGACUGCCAGCCCCCAGUCCAACCCGGCGCCCAACUCCUCUGCUGCGACUUCGGCUCCUUCAUAUGCGUCCGCUGCCGGUGCGAACAAGAAGCAAGCCUCCACGCCGCUGAUUGCGACGGGAUCCAACCCACCUGUGGUGGUCGGUGGCUCCUCUGCGCAAAAUGCCAAGCCGUCUGCUCCGUCACCUGUAAAUGGACGUCCCCCCAUCACUCCUGCUGUGCCUGCUGCCCCAGCAGUCGCCCACGGUUCCUCGAACAUGAACGGAAACGCGGCUGACCACAGCCGCAAGAGCUCCGUCACUCUUGCCAACGGUCCCAACAGCUUCGCUCCCAACGGUGGCCCCGUCGGUGGUUCCAAGCCUGGUAUCCAAUUUGGCUACAAUUCACCCGCUGUUGCGCACAGCACUCCUCAGUCUACCGCGGCUCCUAUCCCCAUCCCUGGAGCUCAUCAGAGGGUGCCCUCUCCUGCGCACUCUCCCUCGCCUAUUCCUCAGCCUUCCGCUAGCGGUGGCCGCCCUCCUUCUGGUAUGGCUCACUCCGGGGCGAUGACAUUUGGCAGUCUUGGAAGCGAUGGCGAUCGCCACAUGAGACAAGCCUCCACUCCUCAGUCCCAGGCCGCUCUGCCCGCCCAGCCUGGCUCUCAUAUUAGACGAGAAUCGGGCGUCUCUCAGCACAGCGAUGUGAGCGGGCCUGUUGGUCCUAACCAGGGCCCAAACCGUCAAGGUUUCCAGCCUCAGGGCGGCCGAGGCCGUGGCUUCAACCCGCAGCACCCUCCCUACAAUGCCAACAUGGGUUUCCCGCCUGGCCAGCAGUACGGCAACGGUCGCGGACGCGGUGCCAUGCCCCCUUCCUUCCAUCCCGGACGUACGAUGCCUUACCCGAACUCGCCUCAGCCGACCCGAAGCCCGGCUCUGGCCCAGUCCCAGCCAGGAACCCCGAACAUGGCUCCGGCUCAGAUGCACCCGAUGCCUAUGGCCACUCCGCCUCAGCACUAUUACCCGCCACCCAACAUGGCGCCCCAACAAGUACAGCACCCCUCCUCCUUUCCAGAUGUUUAUGUUCCGUCUUUCAAUUCGUCUACUUUAUCUACCAAGAAUAAGCGGAAGAAUCAGCGUCGUGACUGGGAUAAGUCGUCCCAGAAGUCUCGGCAUGCAGACUUGUCACAUGAGUCGCAAUUGAAUGUCAACAGACCUCGACGCCACAGUCGGCGUGAAGAGCAAAUCUGGGUGACUGAUCAUGAGCGAUAUCAUCUGGGCAACAUGCCGCACAACGAGUUCCAGCCGGGCUACUUCCCAGAGCAUGGCGAAUUUAACUUCGCUGAUCAGCUUCCGAUGGCGCCUGAUGAAUCUUUCCUUGCGCUCCCCCCAGUUCCUCUUGAUCUUUCGCCCGAAACUGGUAAUUACGAGAGAUUGCUAACUCAAGCGAAACAGCAACAGUACGGAUACCCUCCCCCUCAGGGCCAGUUCGACAACUACGGCAGACCCAUUUACUACAACCAGAUGGGGUACAUGCCCUCCCCCCCCGGCGCUCCCCCGGCCUUCCAGCCUGGGUUUGUGCCUCCCCCUUUCCACCAGCCUGCUCCGACUGCCAUGUCACGUACAUCUUCGCACUCGGAACGGCCGUCUUCAAGCACUGGUCAACCGGCCGCGCCUGUUGUCUCUGGUACACCCCAGCCUCAAAAUGCUCAGGUUAAGACCCCAAUGGUUGUCGGUAACAACUUUGUUCGCCCCAAGAAGAGCGCGGCCAUCGUCAUCAAGAAUGCUGCGGGUGAGGCUGUUGACUUCAAGAGCAUGAAGACCCCGUCUUCUCCUGCUCCAAGCAUUCAGCAAUCCAAGACUCCCCCGAUUGUGACUUCUACCCCUACCCCUCCACCGAAGUCAGCGACGCCAUCCCAUGUCCGUAACGAUAGCCAAGCCACCCCGAAGACUGCUCGCGAGAUCCAGGACGAGCUUAGAGCCAAGAUCCAGCAAGCCACCAAGGGUGGCGAGGAUAAGGCUAAGGAAGAGGCCGAGGCCAAGGCGAAGGCUGCCGAGGAGGAGAAGAAGACUGCCGAAGCUAAGGCCAAGGCUGAAGCUGAGGAGAAGGCCAAGGAGGAGGCUCGCAAGGCCGAGGAAGAAGCUGCCGAGGCCAAGCGUAAGGCUCAGGAAGAAGAGAAGGCCAAGGCUGAAGCUGACGCCAAGGCCGAAGCUGAGGCUAAGGCUAAGGCAGAGGCUGAGAAGCCCGCCGAACCUGUCGCUGAGGCCGAAACCGAGGACGAACGAAUGGAACGCAUGAUCAGGGAGAUGGAAGAAGAGGAUGCUCGUCGCGAGAAGGAGGCUGCGGAAUACAACGCGAAGAAGGCCAUCGAAAAGGAGGCUGCGAAGAAGGCCGAGGAGGAGAAGAAGAAGGCCAACGCUGCCGACGAAGAUCGCAAGCUCCGCGAGGCUGAACGUGAGAUGGAGCGUCUUGAGGAGGAGAAGGAGAGGAAGCGUGCCCAGGGUGCCUCCUCUGCCCCCUCUGUUGCCGAGCUUCUUGCGAAGAGUAAGUCAGGAGACCUUCCCGACGAGCCUGCCAAGGUUGGCGACGUCGCCGACAAGCUCUCUACCCUGAGCAUUGGUGGCGAUUCAAAGGCUUCCACUCCUACUGAGGCGUCUGCGCCCAAGGCCACUCCUACCGAGAAGCGUGGAGCCAAGCCUUCCCCUCUCAACCUCGCCCCCCUCAACACCAAGCCUGUCGAGCCGCCUCAGCCCAGCGCCGCUCUCCAGUCACUCAAGUCUGCCCGCUUCUUGCAAGUUAUCAACCAGGAUACCUACCCUGCGGGAAUCAGCUCCCCCAACCCCGCACUCAACGCCGCUGUCGCCAAGAAGGGCAAGACCUUCAAGUACGACGCUCAGUUCUUGCUCCAGUUCCAGAAGGUCUUUACCGAGCAGCCUUCCAUGGAAUUCCAUCAACAGGUCAAGUCUUUGAUUGGUGACAACGAUGGCUCCCGUUCCGCUUCUACUCCCCGUGCUGGAUCUGGCCGCGGAAACUCUCAACGCGGCUCUGCUGCCGGAGUGAUGGGCAAGUUCGGCGCCCCUGGCGGCCCCAUGAACCCCAACGUCAGAGGCACAACUUCUGCUGAACGCUUCGCCAUGUCCAAUGCUGCUAUGAGCGCAGGCGGCAUGGGUGGUAUGGGCAACUUCCGUCCCUCCUUCCCUGUCGCUGGACAGAUGGCUCGCACGCCUUCCUCCUCCAACAUGGGACCCAACUCGCCUAGAACUCGUUCUCAAAGAGGAGGUGGUAGUAGACGCAACGACUUCAACGUCAAGGAGGCGCAGGCAGCUAAGACCAUGCCUCUUACGCAGGGCAUGGAAGUCAAGCCUAUCGCGGUCUCCGCUACCGGUUGGAAGCCUACCAGCAUUGGAAAGGGUGGUGCCGCCGGUAGCGGUGCUGCUGCAGACCACAUGGAUCCCGAAAUGGUCCAACGUAAGGUCAAGGCCGCGCUCAACAAGAUGACCCCCGAGAAGUUCGACAAGAUUGCCGACCAGAUCCUCGCCAUUGCGGGCCAGUCCAAGGACGAGUCUGACGGCCGCACCCUUCGCCAGGUUAUCCAGCUCACCUUUGAGAAGGCGACUGAUGAAGCUCACUGGGCCUCAAUGUACGCCAAGUUCUGCAAGCGCAUGCUUGACACAAUGAGCGCCGAGAUUCGCGACGAGAACAUCAAGGACAAGAAUGGUGUUGUUGUUAGUGGCGGUGCUCUGUUCCGCAAGUACCUGCUCAACCGCUGUCAAGAAGAGUUCGAGCGUGGUUGGAAGGUCAACUUGCCAGAGCUCAAGGAAGGCGAGAAGGACAAGGCUACCGGAGAGGCUGUCAUGCUGUCCGACGAAUAUUACAUUGCUGCUGCCGCCAAGCGUCGUGGUCUUGGUCUGGUUCAGUUCAUUGGUGAGCUAUACAAGCUCGGCAUGCUGACUGAACGUAUCAUGCAUGAGUGUGUACGCAAGUUGGUUGACUACGAGGGCGUGCCCGACGAAGCAGAGAUUGAGUCUCUUUCCAAGCUGCUGAGAACAAUUGGCGGCAACCUCGAUGCAUCAGACAAGGGCAAGCAGCUGAUGAAUGCCUACUUCGAACGCAUUCAGCACAUGGUCGACAUGCCCGAGCUCGCCAGCAGAUUGAAGUUCAUGCUCAUGGACGUCAUUGACCUCCGUAGGUCUGGUUGGUCUUCCAAGGAGGCCAACAAGGGCCCAAAGACUCUGGAGGAGAUCCGUGCCGAGGCUGAGGCUGCUGCCAUCCAGAAGGCUCAGGAGAACCAGCGCAGCGGCAGCCAGCGUGGGGGGCCUGGCGGUCGUCCCAACCUUGGUCGUGGCGAUUCCCGCAACUUUUCGUCUGGCUACAUGCAAGCUGCUUCCAACCAGGUUGGUAUGGAUGACCUGCGCCGCCUGAAGGGUUCUACCAGCAGAGCCGCCAGCGGCAAUGUCACUCUUGGACCUACGUCCAUGUUUGCCUCGCGCAGCAACAGCGGCCGCCGACUCGGCCCUGGCGGCUCCCUCGGCCGCCCUGGCGAGGACUCUGGUGCUUCUUCCCGCACCGGCACACCGCCUACCACUCAGCACACCAACGCUUUCAGCGCACUCGCCAAUUUGGACAGCGAAAACCCAGCCUCUCCUCCCUCGACUGCGGCAUCGCCUGCACUGUCCAAGGCCGUUCCUGACAGCUCCGCUGCCGGCGGAGACAAAUGA